AAAAAACAUUGUCUUAGUUUUCAACACUCUCUUCAGUCUCUCUUGUGGCUACCCAGGAAGACCGCUCCUCUCUUUGUUUUUGAGAAAGAAUUGAAGAAGAAAACAAGGCAAAAUGGGCAGACCUCCUUGCUGUGACAAAGAAGGUGUCAAGAAAGGACCUUGGACUCCUGAAGAAGACAUCGUUUUAGUCUCUUACAUACAAGAACAUGGACCUGGAAACUGGAGGGCUGUUCCUACCAAUACUGGUCUGCUGAGAUGUAGCAAGAGUUGCAGGCUUAGAUGGACCAACUACCUGAGGCCUGGGAUCAAACGCGGGAACUUCACUGACCAUGAGGAGAAGAUGAUCAUCCAUCUUCAAGCUCUGCUGGGCAAUAGAUGGGCUGCAAUAGCUUCAUAUCUACCUCAGAGAACUGAUAAUGACAUCAAGAAUUACUGGAACACUCACUUGAAGAAGAAGCUGAAUAAGCUCAACCAAAUUGGUGGCCACUCAAAAGAUGAGGGAUUCAGUAGUACUUGUUCUCAGCAGGCAACAAUAGCAAGAGGUCAAUGGGAGAGAAGGCUUCAAACUGAUAUCCACACGGCUCGACAAGCUCUUCGUGAAGCGCUUUCUCCUGCUGAGAACUACAAGCCCGAUGGAUUUGCAGGCACUGUGAGUUUGGGUAGUACUAGCACUAGUACCAGUACAGACUUGAAACCCUUGAUGGAUAUUGUACCUGCAGGCCAAGCAGAUCAAUCACCUUCAACCGCUAUGAGUGCUGUUACUUACGCUUCUAGCACUGAGAACAUUUCAAGGUUGCUCAAAAGUUGGAUGAAAAAUCCUCCAAAGUCUGCCAAGACUAAGACCACCGCAGCUGCUGGGGUUAUUAAUUCUACAUCAAGUAAUGAGGAGGCGGCACUAUCUGCAGCAAACACUACUACCACUACUAGUACUGUUGGCCAUGGAAAUGCAGAAUUGUCUGAUGCACUUGAGUCUCUGUUUGGUUUUGAGUGCUCGAUAGAAGCUUCCAAUUCGGAUCUCUCCCCAACUAUGUCACCUGAUCAGGGCAACCUAUUCCAAGCCGAAAGCAAACCGGAUGUCGGCCAAGAUCAAUUGCCACUGUCAUUGCUGGAGAAGUGGCUUUUCGAUGAAGCUGCCGUUAUCCAAGGGAAAGAAGUACACUAUAGUGAUUUUAUGGCUUUAGAUGGUGAAAAUGCUGACUUUUGCUGAAGAGUAUCACUACUUGCUUGUUUCAUUCUGGGCACAUUGGAGCAUCUUCUUCUUUAGUUCGCUCACUUUUGGUUGUAGUCUUGUAGAUCUGUUGAAGAACUACUGAUUAAUUUCACGGGGAUUUAAGUAGCAGAGGGAAAUUCUUAGAAAUCUUCUUUGCUAGAACACGGAAAUGUAAAAAUAAAAUAAAAAAUUAUUUAAGCUAUUAUGUCAAGUCUACGUACGUCUUA